AUGUCUGGGAAAGGGGAUGGGACCCAAACAAAGAGCCAGCAGCAACGGGGCGGCGUGCUCAAAAGGGGCCAGAGAGCUCUUAUUUCUCUUUAUCAGAAUAGAGAGUCAUCAGCAUCCUCCGGAAGCAUUAUAGUUGGAUUGGCCGCGGGCACUAAGCUCCAGAGCGUCAAGGAGAUCGUCGACAACCUCAGUCCGAAGGAAGGUCGAAAGGAUGUGGGAGACGGCCACAUUGAGCAACAGCCGACGCAGGAAGAAAAUAAGAGUUCCAGCUUGAUCGGAGGACAGAAGAUAAAUCGACAGGCUACGGUAGUCGAGGACAUACCCCUCAUUCUCUGCGGGUGCUCGCGGCACCGUGGGAAAGCUCUCCAGUUGCAUCGAGCGUUAAAACUCACCGUCAUCGUGGGUUUUAUCAGUCGCGAAGGAAACUCUCUUCCUUUGAACGUAUCCAGAAAGGACAGUUAA